AUGGAUGACGAUCUCGAAGCGAAAAUGAAAGAAUUGGACGAAGUGCACAAAGUCAUCAAUUUCCUGAAGAACUCGUCGGAAAACAAAGAAACGCAGGAAAAAGCGAUGGCGGCGGCGGACAAGAUCUUGAAGAAACGAGAAGCGGCAGAGACGAAAACGGUUUUGAACAAGACGAAAAUUACGAAGCCAACAGAUCCGAAUGCGGGAAUGAUGGCGGCGAUGGCGGCGGAUGCGGAAAAACGAGCGAUUGAGAAGAAAAAACGAGAAGAACAGGCGAAUAAGCUCAAGGAAAAAGGAAAUGUCGCUCUGAAAGAAGGAUUUCCCGCCGAAGCCGAAAUGCAUUACACCGCCGCUUUGGAGAUUUGCAAAACGACUCCUGCAAUUUGGACGAAUCGGGCGAUCGUCCGAAUCCGCCAGAAAAAGUACAGAGAAGCUAUUGAAGACUGCGACUGGGCAUUUCGCGCGAGCAACGACAAAUGCCACAAGGCGAUGAUCAAUAUGGGCAAUGCGCACAUGGCCCUGGGGGAAUUUGAGAAAGCAGAAGAGGCGUUCAGAAAAUGUAUCAAAUUGGGGAAGAAGGAAUUGGCCCACACCUAUCUAAUAAAGUUGAGCGAGAAGAAGGAGCAAAUGGAGCAGAAAACCGCUAGAAAACGACAACUAGAAGAACUAGACAAGCUUCAAAAAACCCCACAGAACACUAGAAGAUCUAGCGAAGAUGGAAUCGCCCACCGAUCGGACUACAUCAUCGACCUCACUAAAGAGCGUUGGAUCACGCUGUCGCCAGCAGAUAUUGCCAAGAAUUCUAGCGAGGAAAAUGCUUGUAUUUCGAUCAUUUGGCGUUUGUUUGGAAUCACUGUCCGAUACGACUACCCAAAAGGCGAAGAAGUGAUGGAUGACUCAGCCUUUCCGGACAUUUUAUUGGGCUCGCUGAGCGGCGGAAACGACCAAAUACGAACCAGCUGUUUACAGACAAUAUUCUUCUUUUCCUCCAUUGAAACGCUCAGAUCAAAGCUCGUAGUUGUUUUUCAUCGAACGGGAAAUUUGAAGAAGUUUACCGACGCGAUUUUGAAUGGGGAUGGCAACUCAAUUUCUCUGUCAAUGCAGAUCAUCACAAACUUGACGCGAAUGGGCGAUUGUCGUCGACUUUUCCGCGACGAUUUCAGCAACACCAUUCAACCAACAUUGAUUAGCGUCCUAGAAAAUUACGAGUCGAUGGAGUCGGAGACGGUGGCAAAAGUGGUCUCAGCAAUAACGAAUAUGCUCAAGGAUGAUUUUAUUCGAAGAUGUGUUGUUUCAGCCGACAUUAUUUGGACAUCAGUUUGUCGCGUCCUGGCUGAGGCUCCAGCCAAAACCAAGGAUGAUAUGGACAUGCUGGCAAAUCUGCUCGGCUUCCUCCACAAUAUGUCCUUUGACAAAUCUAAAGUCGUGAUAGAAAACGCCCCAAAAGUCGCUAAAUCCAUAGAGCGAUGCAUGAUCAUCAAGUCGAAAGAUGACAAUGUACUGCUCCGCUGUAUCGGUCUCUUCAACAAUAUCUGCACAAAGAACGCCAAAUGCUGUUCAAUCAUAAUCAACUACACUGAAAAGCUAGUCGCUUGCUUGAGCCACAAACGAAGCGAAAUCAGUCAACUCGCCGGCCGCUGUCUAGCUUGUAUGGCGGAGAAAAGUGACGAUUGCUGCUUACGAAUUGUGAAGGCAGAUGUCGGACUCAAAAAGGUCAGCAAAUUCUUAGAAUCUGAAAACGACGCUGAGCGGGGAAAUGCAUCGCUUCUCGUUUCCAAAUGCGCACCUUGUAUUCAACCAGAUCCAAUUCAUUUGAUCGAACCGCUUCUGAAAAUCGUCAAUACUUCCUCAUCUGAUCAUGUUCGAAAAAACGCCGCAAUUGCCGUCGGAAAGCUUUCACGCGACUCUCCAGAAGGCCGAAAAGAGCUUCACAGAUGCCACGGGCUUGAAAUCCUCACUGCCCGCCUGAAGAAUGUCAAACUCUAG